AUGCUUGCCGUACUUGCGCAAUUCAAUCUCGCACGGAUCGUCAAGUCGAUCCUGCGCGAACUCUACCCUCUCAGUCCCAUAUCGGCCGAUCAGCAGACGGUGUUGACAUGCCAAUUUUCCCAAGAACUCGGCAACUGGCGGAACAGCUUAGCAGCAUUCCUAGAUACCGGCGGCGUUAAUGCUUCCUGGCUGUUGCCAAUCGUUCAGCGGCAGCGCAAUGUCCUCAAUCUCACAUACUGGCACGCCGUUAUCCUGAUCCACCGGCCUUUUCUACUCAACAACCUUGCUAGCAAGUGGCAGACUAACGUAAUUGUUGACAGACACUUCCAAGCUGAUGAACAGCAAACUGUCGAAAGCGCGCAGCAAUGUUUAGCUUCUGCCAUGGCUACAGUCAACACCAUUAAUGACAUGAUGCAAAGUCGGCAGAUUUCUGGUGUCUUUUGGACGACAGCCUACUUCGCUUUCACCGCAAGCAUCGUGCUUUACAUGUACGCAAUCCAGAACCCAUCCCCCGCUCAGAAUGCCUGUCAUGAAUACACAUCAGCCGCCGCGUUAUGCCAAUCACACAUCGCCAGUAUUGCGGAGAAGGGGUCGCUCGCCGAACGCUAUUGCCUCUUGCUCGAGGAACUACGUCUGGAGUCGGUCCGUCAAGCCCAGAAUGUUCGUACAACGACUGGGGAGACGAGCGAGACGAACGGCACCAUACCAGGGUACCCGUACAAUGGAAAUGCGCUGCGGUUUAACGACCACCCCACAGCAGCAAACUACAACCCUCAAGCCUUCCCCGGUGACUCAGUGGCCGGUCCCAGUACGAUGUUGUCGAACCAAGUGCCUGAGGCCACAGACUGGGGCCAGUUCGCUUCGUUGGUGUCGUCUGGGCUUGGAAAUCUGGACAUGUUCUUGAAUGAGGAUCCGUUCAUGCUCUGA